UCCCUCUAUAUAUAAAUCAUGCUUCUUUUUCUUCUCUAAAAAACCAACUAUUUCCCUUCUUCCUUUCAUUUUUCACAUUUCACAUUUCUUUCAUUCAUUCGCUCGCUCUAGAGAAAUAUGGCUGGAAAAUCAAGCAAGGGAAGGAGCAGAAAAGGAGCCAGUAAUCAUAAUAACAGUAACGGUAGUAUUACGAAUGGUAAUGUUAAUAAUAAUACUGUUUCCGAUGACGUUUCAAAUUCCUUGAAGCACGUUCCUGCAAAGGAUAAUAAUGCUGCAAUAGCAAACUCGGAAAAUGAAAAUGGAAAACCUGAUUCAAUUGCGGCUGAAACUGAAUCUGCAUUUAGUUCUAAUCCUCAGAACGUGAAGGAGGAAGAAACACAUAAUUCAGAGGCACAACUAAUGCAAGGUGAGGAUAAUCUUUACGCCGUCCCUGUCAAAACACUAACCGGGGAAAAGCUUGAAGUACAAUUGAACCCGGGAGACAGCAUCAUUGAUGUAAGGCAGUUCCUUCUUGAUUCUCCAGAGAUGGGCUUCAUCACAUGUUAUGACCUGAUCUUACACACAAAAGAUGGAUCCUCUCAUCACCUGGAGGAUUACAAUGAACUUUCGGAUGUGGCUGAUAUUACUACUGGUGGCUGCUCAUUGGAAGUGGUUCCUGCAAUGUAUGAUGAUAGAUCAAUAAGGGCUCAUGUUCACCGAACUAGAGAUGUGUUUUCUCUUUCUAAUGUUCGUGCUUCAUUCUCAUCCGUAAUUGCAAAGCAGAAUGAAACAUUAAAAAAUAGAGCUGCAAACUCCAGAGUAUCAGACUCUUCAAAAACUGAAGUUCGAGACCUUGACGGGCUUGGUUUUAUGGAGGAUCCUUCUGGUUCAUUGGGUAAUUUACUACCGUCCCCAUUGAAAGAUGUCAAGUGUGUGGAGAGCAUAGUGUUUUCAUCCUUCAAUCCUCCUCCAAGCUAUAGAAGGCUUGUUGGAGACUUGAUUUAUUUGGAUGUGGUAACAUUGGAGGGUAAUGCAUUUUGUAUAACGGGAACUACAAGGGUGUUUUAUGUCAACUCAAGCACAGCAAACAAUUUUGACUGGAAGCCAAGUAAAGCUACAUGGGAAGCAACAACUCUUAUUGCUCUCUUACAAAAGAUUAGCCCCAAGUUCAAGAAAGCUUUCCGUGAAAUUUUGGAUCGAAGACGGGCAUAUCAUCCCUUUGAAAAUUUGCAGUCCUUGCUGCCACCUAAUUCGUGGCUUGGGUUAUACCCAGUUCCCGAUCACACUCGUGAUCCGGCCAGGGCUGAGAAUUCAUUGACCCUUUUAUAUGGAAGUGAACCAAUGGGCAUGCAAAGGGAUUGGAACGAGGAGCUGCAAUCUUGUCGAGAAUUUCCUCAUACAACUCUUCAGGAGAGGAUGAUAAGGGAUAGAGCACGUUACAAGGUGACGUCAGACUUUGUUGAUGCAGCAACUAAUGGUGCUAUUGGAGUGAUCAACGGAUGCAUUCCUCCAAUAAACCCAAGUGACCCGGAAUGCUUUCACAUGUAUGUACACAACAAUAUAUUUUUUAGUUUUGCUGUUGAUGCCGACCUUGAGCAGCUCUCAAAGAAAUCCACAGACUCUAAUUCAAAUAUACAGAGCACAGAAAUUCGGCAAGAUUCUGAAAAUGUUUCAGACUCUCAGGUUCCCAAUGGGGGAAAAAGCAACGGUUCAAGUUCCGAAGAUCUUAAUAAUGGGGUGGAAGCUGCUCAAGAGAUCUCUCCUGAGGCACAGUUGGCUGAGAGUGAGCAGGCUACUUAUGCUUCAGCAAAUAAUGAUUUGAAGGGCACAAUAGCUUACCAGGAAGCUGACGUGGAUGGACUCUACAAUCUUGCUAUGGCUAUAAUUGACUACAGGGGUCACAGAGUGGUUGCUCAGAGUGUAUUACCAGGCAUUCUUCAAGGCGACAAGUCGGAGUCUCUUAAGUAUGGCUCCGUUGACAAUGGAAAGAAAAUUUGCUGGAAUGAAGAUUUUCAUUCCAAGGUAUCGGAGGCUGCCAAAUGCCUUCAUUUAAAAGAACACUCAGUCCUUGAUGGAUCUGGAAAUGCUUUCAAAUUAGCUGCACCAGUGGAAUGCAAGGGAAUUGUUGGCGGUGAUGACAGGCACUAUAUCUUAGAUUUGUUGCGGGUAACUCCUCGAGAUGCAAACUACACUGGACCUGGUUCCCGAUUUUGUAUAUUGAGAUCAGAAUUAAUUGCUGCCUUUUGCCAGGCCCAAGCAUCAGAGAAAUCAAAAUCCAAGGAGACUAAUUCUGAAGGUGCAGAUAACUUGGCCACUAAUUUUCAAAAUGAAGCUGAUGCUGACAAUAAGGAGUUAACAAAUGAGAAGGCAACUGAGAAUGCCGAAGAAGUUUCAUCUGCGUCUGCUGGGGACUAUGAUAAUUGUGAUGAAAUAGUUUUUAACCCUAAUGUUUUCACUGAAUUCAAACUAGCUGGGAGCCCAGAGGAAAUUGCUGCUGAUGAAGACAAUGUGAGGAAAGUUGGUCAAUAUCUUACUGAUGUGGUGAUUCCAAAAUUUAUAAAAGGUCUUUGGCAGCUUGAAGUUACACCUAUGGAUGGCCAGUCAUUAACAGAAACACUUCAUGCUCGUGGAAUUAAUGUUCGGUAUAUUGGCAAAGUGGCUGAUGGGACUAAACAUCUUCCUCAUAUGUGGGAUCUUUGCAUUAACGAGAUUGUUGUCAGAUCAUCCAAACAUAUUAUCAAGGAUGUGUUGAGAGACACAGAGGAUCAUGAUCUUGCUCCUGCAUUAUCUCAUUUGUUGAACUGCAUAUUUGGAAGUUGUCAAGCUCCUGCUGGGAAACCAGAUUCAAAUGGCAUACAAUCCAGAACUGCAAAAAAGGAGCAACAAUCAGCAGGAAAAAAUUCUAGAGGACGAGCACGAUGGAAAAGCAAGGGGGGUUCAAGGAAGAGUCAACCUUUGUACACGAAAAUAAGCUCUGAAUCUCUAUGGUCUGACAUCCAAGAAUUUGCAAUGACCAAAUACAAGUUUGAGUUACCCGAGGAUUCAAGGUCACGUGUGAAGAAAAUUUGUGUUAUACGUAAUCUUUGUCGGAAGGUUGGUAUAACUGUUGCAUCUCGUAAAUAUGAUCUUAAUUCUACAGCACCCUUCCAACCAUCAGAUAUCUUGGAUCUCUGUCCAGUUGUCAGGCAUUCAGUUCCAGUUUGUUCAGAUGCCAAGAAACUUACGGAUGCAGCAAAAAGUCAUAUGUCAGCUGGAUUACUCAAUGAAGCUUACAAUCUAUUUAAUGAGGCAUUCCGAAUUCUUCAACAGGUUACAGGUCCAAUGCAUCGUGAGGUUGCUACGUGCUGUCGGUAUCUUGCAAUGAUUACGUAUCAUGCUGGAGAGAUGGAUGUGGCUGUUGCACAACAGCAAAGAGAGUUGAUUAUCAAUGAGACUUGUCUUGGUCUAGAUCAUCCUGACACAGCUCACAGUUAUGCUAAUAUGGCACUCUUCUAUCAUGGAUGGGAAAAAACUGAAUUUGCCCUUCCCUACAUGACUCGUGCUUUGCUCCUGUUAAGUUUAUCAUCAGGCUCUGAUCAUCCUGAUGUUGCCGCAACUUUCGUAAACGUAGCAAUGAUGUAUCAGGAAUUGAAAAAGAUGAACAUAUCUCUUCGUUAUCUACAAGAAGCUUUAAAGAAGAAUGAACGGCUUCUUGGCGAGAAACAUAUUCAAACUGCUGUUUGUUAUCAUGCUCUUGCUAUUAUAUUCAACUCUAUGGGUGCAUUCAAGCUCUCUCUGCAGCAUGAGAAGAAAACAUUUGAGAUACUUGUCAAACAACUUGGCGAAGAUGAUCCGAAAACACAGGAGUCUCUAAACUGGAUAAAUACAUUUAAGAUUCGUGAGUUACAGGCACGUCCUGAGUUUGUACAAGCAUUCCAAGCAGUUACAGAUGGGGGAUCUGGAAGUUCAGGUGCACCCACAAACAAAUCUGUCAAUGCCGCAAUGAUUGCUGAGACCCUCCCCAGGGGAAGGGGAGUCGAUCAAAGGGCUGCACGUGCCGCUGCCAUAGCUCGGAAGAAGGCAGCAGCCAGGGGCCUGGUGGUGCGCCCUCAAGUACAAGUACAAUCACAUCCUCCUCCGCUCACACCGCUUUUCAACAUCAUAAAUUCCGGCGUGGCUCCGGAUGUUUUGGGCAAUGGGGAUGUCAAUGGAGUAAAGAAGAAUGGCGUUCGUUCAAGUGAUCCAGCAGAUGCUACAAAAGACCAAUCAGUCCCGACGCAAGAACAAGAACAAGCUCCGGCUGGACUGGGGAAAGGGUUGGCACCGUUGGAUGCAAAGAAACAGAAAUCAAAACCAAAACCAAAGGUUGAGGCUUGAAUUUUUUGAUAAACUAAGCUUUGAUUAGUUGGCAAUAGCUACGUUUUUGAAUUUUCCUUUUUUUUAGGGUCAUAGCCAUUGAAAACAUCUAUUGUUGGAUGUAGGUGGUUGAGAUACAUAAGCAUAAUUGAAUUUUCUACCACAAUAAAAUUUGGAUUUGAGGAUAGGACUAUAAUUUGCAUAUCAACAUAUUUUCUGUUAACAAAUUUAGCUGCCAGUUGAAUUGUGGCUCAUUCAUUGCAUAUUACAAAUUGAAGAUUGUGCCGCUGAUAUUGUAUGACACUGUUAUACUGUGAUCAA